AUGCCAGUUCAGUACAAGUUCCGCGGCGAGAAGGCCUUCCGGAGCCUGUUAAAUCUCACGACGCCAUGCACGCUUCAGCGAGUCAAGAGUGCAAUCUAUGAGCAGGCAAGAAUCAGCGAUGCCACCACAGAUUUGGAUCUGGAUGACAAUGCCACUGGAGCAAAGCUCGAUCCGAAGGCGCUACUUCUGGAAGGCAGACUGGUACAGGUGCUGGUCCGUCGCAUACCCAAAGCUGAUGGACAGCUCUCUGGCUCCCUCGCUGUCGAUGACGUUGGGGGCCUGGGUGUCGAUGAUGACGACCUGGCAAUGGAUCGAGUGGUGCAACAGCACGAUGUCUCUGGCUUGGGCUUGGCCUCCUCCGGAGCUCCCUCUCAUCGCUUCAACCGCUCGUACAAUGCAGCCGCAAGCAGUGAUCGCAAGCAGUUCGGCUAUGAUGGCUCGGACGAGGAAGAGGAAGAGCCAGCGGAGCCUCCGCCGGAAGGCUACGUUUGCCACAGGUGUGGCUUGACUGGAUCCCAUUGGGUAUGGGAGUGCCCAACCAAUGAUGAUCCCGAGCAUGUCAAGAAAGUCCGACCUGCCAAGGGCAUUCCUCGGAAAUGGCUUCGGAAGGUGACGCUCGAAGAAGCGGAGGAGAAAAGUGCAGGAGGGGUCACACUCGUAGUUCCUGGUUACAGUGGCCACUAUAUCUAUGACCACGAAGCCUCGGCGGAAGAGAAGAAGCGGAUCGUGGGCGACACGGUGCAAGAGAAGGUCACCAUCGCGUUCACGCAAGGCGCCCGCCGGGUGGAGGAGUCGCUGAAGUGCCCCCUGUGCAAUCAGAUGUUUCGGCAGGCCGUCUUGGCCCCUUGUUGCGGAGCGACGUUUUGCAGCGACUGUGCCAUUGAUCGACUAGCGCACUCGACGACAGAAAACAGCAACUGUCCGGGUUGCGGUAAGGAGGUGCUCGUUCAUCAGCUCAUCCCCAAUGAGGACAUUCGAAGACAAGUGGAGCAGGUCACCAAGGCAUCCAAAGCCACCGCGCUGGCAGCGCAGAAGGAGCCUCAAAAGCCUCAGAGCGGCUUCUCCAUGACGGCAGCACUCAAGGACCGCGUCAAUCGACCGCGCAAACACGCCGAAGAAAUAGCUGCAGGUGGAGAUCAGCCACUGGCAUUGACUGAUGGGAGUGCCGCCAGCCAGCCUGCACCUCCACAGCCUCCGCCGAACUGGCAGCCGCUGGCGUUUGGCCCGCUUCUCACGCCAGAGCAGUUCUCACACUGGCAACAAACUCUGCGCACUGGAGACUGGACGAAUGCGAAGGCUGUGCCAGUGGAAGGUAUUUUGCAGAGUUUCAGCAUGUGGGACCUGAAAG